CGUUCUGAGGAGACGGUCACGUGAGCACAGGUUCGGCUGGUUUAUUGUACUUCCAUGUUUCCCCUCCGGCGAGAAGAGAUGGGUACGGCCACGUGACCUUGUUUUGUUUCUGUUGGGUCGGCUGUCCUCGCGCCGCGUGCUUCUCUCAGUCGCUCAGUUCCUCGCGCACCGAAAGGGCGAGCCCCGAAGCGACCGCGCGGCCGUAGGUAAGAGGUAACUUUAUAUCACCAAAUGGUUAAAUUAAUUUGCACUUUGGCAGAUCACAAAGAUGAUGUCAACUAUUGUGCCUUCUCCUCUUCCUAUUUGGCUACAUGCUCCCUGGACAAAACAGUCCGUCUGUAUUCUUUAAACAAUUUCAGUGAGGUUCCUUACUCACCACUGAAAGGCCACACUUACGCUGUCCAUUGCUGCUGCUUCUCUCCUUUGGGACAUAUUUUGGCUUCAUGUUCUACAGAUGGCAACAUAAUCUUGUGGAAUACUCAAAAUGGAUUGAAACUGGCAGUGUUGGAGCAUCCCUGUAGAAACCCUCUAAGAAUUUGUCGAUUUUCCCCUGAUUCUACAUACUUGGUUUCAGGAGCAGCUGAUGGAAGUGUAAAUCUUUGGAAUGUUCAGACACUAAAAUUGUAUCGAUCUGGUAGUGUUAAAGAUGGGUCUUUGGUAGCUUGCGCAUUUGCUCCUAACGGACGUUUCUUUGUGACGGGAUCAUCAUGUGGAGAUCUAACUGUGUGGGAUGACAAAAUGAAGUGCUUAUAUAAUGAGAAAGCUCAUGAUCUUGGUGUUACCUGCUGCGACUUUUCUUCAAGGCCAUAUUCUGAUAACAAGCAAGAUGCUGAUUAUUUCAAAAUGGCAUCAUCUGGUCAGGAUAGCAUAACUAAGAUCUGGCUCAUUUCAUCUUCUGAUUCUACAGGAUUUGAGCUGAGAUAUAUAUGUACUUUAAGUGGACAUACUGCCCCAGUUCUGGCUUGUGCUUUUUCCUCCAAUGGACAGGUUGUAGUUACUGGGUCUGUUGACAAAACUGUAAUGAUUUUUGAAACUAACACUGGGAGCAACCUGAACAUUUUGUCUCAGCAUACCAGGUAUGUUACAACUUGUGCCUUUGCACCAGAUAUUCCAUUAUUUGCGACCGGUUCAAUGGAUAAAUGUGUGAAUAUCUGGCAAUUGGAGCCAGAACAACUUUUCACAGGAAGUCCUCUGAUAGGGGAAUUAAAGAUCUCUGUUGAUACCUGGACAGAAGAAGAUGUUUCAGUUUGGCUUCAGACACAUAAUUUACAAGACCUCGUUGAGAUUUUUAAGAGAAACAACAUUGAUGGUAAAGAAUUGCUGAGUCUUACAAAAGAGAGCUUGAUUGAUGAUUUAAAAAUUGAAUCUCUAGGUCUUCGCAGUAAAGUUUUGCGUAACAUUGAGGAGCUGAGGAAUGAAAUGAAAUCUGCCUCUCUAGAUAUUCCUGAUGAAUUCCUGUGCCCCAUAACCAAAGAGCUUAUGAAAGAGCCAGUGAUUGCUGCAGAUGGCUAUUCCUAUGAGAAAGAAGCAAUGGAAAAUUGGAUCAUUAAAAAACGGCAUUCUAGUCCUAUGACAAAUCUCCCUCUUCAGAGACUUGUACUUACCCCAAACCGAACCCUAAAAAUGGCUAUCAAUCGCUGGUUGGAAACUCAGCCAAAAUAUAAUGAAAAGCAAGCACCCUAAAGACAAUGUCAUUUUUUUCAGAAUUAGUGGAACUGA